UCACCGUGUUUUCUGUGUACCAAGCAAUUUUUUCCUGGUAUCCACUAUCCAUAUUGGAGUAUCUGGUUGACCCAUGACUAUUCCAACUCAAAGUCUUCCCUCCUCUUCUGUGCAAAAUCUAGUUAACUACAAACAACAGAUUGAGAAGAGAAGUGAGCAUUUAAUCCAAUCCUUUGUUGAUGGAAUCCUCCUUUCUGUUCGCACUCUUUACUGCUUUCAUCUCUCUCUCAAUCUUUGAGUCCUCCAAGGCAAGUGAUUCUUUAUAUCCGAACCAAUCAAUUAGGCACCCACACACCAUAGUAUCUGCUAGCGGAAACUUUUCACUAGGCUUUUUUUCUCCAGGAAAAACAGAAAAUUAUUAUUUGGGAAUAUGGUAUACAAGGAUUCCUAUAAAUAAGUUUGUUUGGGUUGGAAAUAGAGACUACCCAUUUCAUAAUUCUGCUACUCUUUCCAUUAGUACUGAUGGAAACAUAAUGAUUACAGACGGAAAAAUGUCCUAUAAAGUGACAAAUAUUUCAGUUAGUGGCAACGCCUUUGCCAAGCUGCUAGAUUCAGGUAACUUGAUACUCAAAGGCCAAGUCCAAAAGGCAGGAAUUUAUUGGCAAAGCUUUGACUACCCCACUGAUACACUUCUGCCUGGAAUGAACCUUGGAGAUGAUUUUAGAUUUAAUCCGGAACACGUUUGGACAUUAGUAUCAUGGAGCAGCAAAGAAGACCCUACUCCAGGCAAUUUCUCUCUGGUGGCCAAUUUUUCUGGGUCAGAUCCUUGUAAUCUAAUCAUCAAGCAGGGGAAUAAAAUAUAUUGGAAAAGUCCAAUCCGAGGACUUGCUUACAGUGGAAAAGAAAGGAACUCGACCAUGGCCAUGGAGCAACAGGAUCAUUAUACUGGGUAUGUGAGCAAUGGGUUUUGGUUUAGCGAGGUCAUCCCAAAAAAUGAGAGGUCUCGAAUUCCAACUUUCAAACUGAGAAAAAAUAUCACAAGUGGAAAAGGGUAUGUGACUUUUUCUGCAAAUACCACAGCAAUAUCUCUGAUUGUGUUAGAUGUAUCUGGGCAGCUUAAACAACAGAUAUGGUCAGAACAUGACCGCCGAUGGAAUUCACUAGUUUCUUCUAAAUGUUGGUUUCAUUCAUGUGGACCUUUCAGCUUCUGCAAUGAAAGUGCCCAUACACCAUGCACUUGUUUGAAAGGUUUCAGGCCCUAUUCUCCUUAUGCCUGGAAAGAGGGCGACACUUAUCAACGCUGUGUGAGGAAAGCCAGUUUGCAGUGCAGCGACAGCAGAGUUCUUGAGAAAGAUGGGUUUUAUCAAAUGCGUAAUUUCAUUUUGCCCAGUAAUCCAGUGAAGUUGCAUGUUAACAAUACUGAAGAUUGCAGAUCAGCUAGCUUAGGCAAUUGUUCUUGGAUUGCUUAUGCUUUGGACUAUGAACAAGGGUGCUUGGUAUGGGAAAACGAAUUAUUUGACCUGAAGAUACCUUUAGAUGGCGAUACUAAUGGCAGAGACUUUUAUCUCAAGCUUGCAGCUUCUGAAUUGAGUACUAAAGGCAAGGAGAACGGAAGUUCUCAUAAUGUGUUGUUUCUAUUUUCAUGUGUAUACAUCUUAUAUGGGUGA